AUGACAAACUUGGAUCUACUGCUGCUCAAAGGAGCGACCUCAAGCAACCCCGAGGAGGGCCUGCAAGAACUGCGUUACACCAUUCUCACGAAAGGAAUUCCCGCCAAUAGUGAGGGCAUGUCUGAAUUACGCAUCUACAUUUGGCUCAUUCUACUCAAUGCGCCCCCGCUCCGCACCGAUGUGUACCUCGAUCUCGUCCGACAAGGCGCAUCCCCAGCGCAUGCCAAGAUACAGAACGAUACUUUCCGUACAUUUCAAGGCGAUCCCCUUUUUCGCCGGCGCGUCACACAGAACAGCAUCACGCGGGUCUUGAACGCUGUCGCGUGGAGGCUCAAUGACGCGCACGAGGCACGCGUCAAUGGUUGGCAGUCUCCGCCUACACUAUCCGAGUUCGGCGGCAGCCCUGAUACUUCUAUGAUGUCCCGCUAUUCAGUCACUGGUGGCGCUCGGACAGAGGCGUCUACUACGAAUGACGCAGAGCAGAUUGGCUACGUGCAGGGUAUGAACGUGCUAUGUGGCCCGUUCCUGUAUGCGUCUCGAAGCGAGGUCGAGGCGUUUACCGCUUUCGAGAAGCUCAUCACUCAAGAGUGUCCGGGAUAUGUAAGGGGAUCAAUGGAUGGUGUACACAAGGGUCUGGCGCUGGUCGACAGGGUCUUGGAGGUGGUUGAUCCGAAGCUAUUCGGACAUCUCAUGGCCCACCACAUGGAAGCUAAGAUUUACGCUUUCGCAUCAGUACUCACUAUGUGCGCUUGCACGCCACCUCUGCCCGAGGUUUUACAGCUCUGGGACUUCCUCUUCGCUUAUGGGCCUCAUUUGAACAUUUUGUGCAUUGUAGCACAGUUGGUCCUCAUUCGGACAGAGAUACUGAACAGCUCGAGCCCUAACUCGAUACUCCGCAACCUCCCUGGUUUGAACGCUCAGAAAAUUGUUGCCGUGGCUAUGAGCUUCGCUGGCAAGAUACCUGAGGACAUGUACGCAGAGAUCAUCAAUCACGCAAAGUGAGGACCUGUGAUCACUAAGAAGGUGGAAAGCGAAGUGAUACGACAACAACGAUUUACGAUGUUAUGACUGUACGAUACCCAA